AUGUCUGAACAAUUACUUCUCAAGAACGGCACUGUUCUUCAACAUGAUGAGAAUGACAAUGUGGUUGUUCUUAGAAACACCGAUAUCUUGAUCACGAAUGGCCGUAUCACCGAGAUUGGCAAGAAUAUCGAUGCUUCCAAAGAUGUCUCUAUCAUCGAUUGCAAGGAUAAGAUUAUCUCACCAGGAUUCAUAAACGCGCAUCACCACAUGUGGCAGACUCAGCUCAAAGGCCUCCUCGGAGAUUGCACGAUGCUGGAUUACAUGCUCGAAGCAAACCUUCAAAGCUUCAACUUUACCCCCGAAGACAUCUUCUGGGGCCAGUUAGCCGGCUGUCUCGAAGCUCUCGACUCAGGAACAACAUGCGUAGUCGACAACGCUCACAUGGCCUCUCAACCGGAACACGGCACAGCAGCUCUAAGCGCGACUAUCGCAUCGGGUAUACGAUCUGUCUUUUGCUAUGGUGUUAUGCCGCUUCGUGCGAAGGAGUGGACGGAGGAUUCAUUUGAACUUGAUCGUGUGCCGCAGCCUGAUUGGUUGGUACCGCAGAUGGAUGGUCUUGCUGAGAAGGCGCCGUUUGGAGAUGGACGAGUUCAGCUGGGAUUCUUCUUUGACUCGUAUUUUCUGCCUGAGGGGGUUAUUACUGAGACAUUGGGGCAUGUCAAGAAGGCUGGUGUGAAGUUGAUUACGAGUCAUUAUAGACAUUGGCCCAUCUCGAAAGGUCAAUCGAGAGUUCCGGAGCAAUUAAACGCUUGUGGUUUGCUUGGACCAGAUAUCCUUCUCACACACGGCAAUGGGACCACACCGGAACAAGCAGAACUCCUGACUUCGGCUGGAACAUACAUCGUUUCUACCGCCGAUGCAGAGAUAUUCAUGUCCUCAGGCGCCGACCCCGUAGCAUUCCGUCAAGACCUCCCCUUGACAUGUCUCGGUGCAGAUUGUCACUCCUGUGGUCCAGUCAACAUGAUGCAUCAGAUGCAAAUAGCUCUAGCAGCUGAUCGAGCGACACAAAACACAAAGAACUUUGCGGAGGGGAAGUAUCCCAGGAAACCUCGCGCUACGAUACAGGAGGCGUUCAACUUGGCUACGAUCAAAGCAGCUCGUGCGGUGAAGAUGGAGAAGGAUAUUGGAUCUAUAGCUGUGGGCAAGAUGGCUGAUUUGGUUAUUUUUGAUACGAGUUCUCCUUCUAUUGGCUGUGCGGCUGACAAUGAUCCUUUGACGGCUAUUGUUCGUCAGGCUGGUGUUAGAGAAGUCGAGACUGUUAUUGUUGGUGGGAGGGUGAGGAAGGACAAGGGAGCUUUGAAGGAGGUGCGCUUGGAUGAGGCCUGUCGCGAAGGAGGGUUUGAGCUAAAGCAUGAAAUUGAAGGAGGAUUUUCAUGGAAAGAGGUCGCUGAAAAGUUGUCGAUGAGCAGAAGUGAGAUACAGGAGAGGAUUGGCAAGACGAACAAAGAGCUGGCUAAGGCUAAACUGCUCGGGAUGUUAGGAGGAUUAGACGACAUCUUGGUAGACUAA